GAGUACAGAGUACAGUUCAGUGCAGUUCUCCGGUGGUUGUGUUACAUCGUUACAUCAUAUCCGUGUUUGGUAAAUAUUUCCUUUCGGCGUGCGACCGGAUUAUUUAUCUGUCAUUCGUACAACAUUAUUUUGUAUAAAAAAAAUACAGUAAUCGUGGUAAUCGAUCGAAAAAUAUUUAAUCCCCUAGAACUCGUAUAAAUUUACACAAAAAAUACAUAUUUCUGGAGUCGUUGAACUUUGCUCGCAAGGGAUUCGAUUAUGUCCUCUGACGCUCAUCCUGAAUACAUAUCAUAUUUAUAAACAUUCGUCCUAAAUUCUAAAGAUUCUCUAUAUUUGUUAAAUAGCUUAAUUUUGAAAAAAAUAAUGAGUAAAAAGAAAAAUAUGGCAAUUGAUUUUCAAGACAAUAUGAUAUUGCUUACACGAAAAUACUUGAAGCGUAGAAUAAUGUGUCCUGAAACCAAGUUUAGACAUCAUGUUAAAGAGCGACUACAUGUAUUGGAUUUAGUGAAACGUACUGUUGAAAUGGGUGAAAGCAAUUCUGCUUUGCUAAUUGGACCCAGAGGCAGUGGAAAAACAACACUUAUCAAUAGCGUUUUAAAAGAAUUAUCAGCUUUAAAAAGCUUUAAAGAUAAUGCAUUAAUAGUGAACUUACAUGGACUAGUUCAUACUGAUGAUCGUUUAGCGCUAAAAGAUCUGACUCGUCAAAUGCAAUUAGAAAAUGUAGUUGGUGAUAAGGUUUUUGGAACAUUUGCAGAAAAUUUAAGUUUCCUUUUAGAUUGUUUGAAAUCUGGUGAUAAGAAACGUUCAAAACCAAUCAUAUUUAUACUUGAUGAGUUUGAUCUUUUCUGUGGACAUCACAAUCAGACAUUAUUGUAUAAUUUAUUUGAUGUUGCACAAUCUGCACAGGUGCCAAUAUGUGUAUUAGGGAUAACUUGUAGAUUAGAUGUUGUGGAGUUACUGGAAAAGAGAGUCAAAUCAAGAUUUUCACAUCGCCAAAUAUUUUUGUUUCCUGGUGAUACAUCAUCUUCAGAACAGCCUAUGUCUGCGUUUGAUGAUCGUCUGGAACUCUUUCAAAAUCUUCUCAGCUUACCUGAUGAUGAGAACGUAAAUAAAGUCGAGCAACAAUAUGAUGAUUGUACAAUAGAUCCACAAUUUGGUUCUAUGUGGAAUGAUUACAUUAAAAGUUUAACUAGCAAUGUUACAAUGGUGAACUUACUCAAGAGAAUGUAUCAUAUCGAUGUAAGUGAGAGGAGCUUUAGAAAUUUUCUCGCAGUCGCUGUUUCGACGUUAUCCGAGAAACAUCAGAAAUUGGAAGUGAACGAUUUUGUGGAAGCGAGUAAAGUCUUUUCAGAGGAUGAUAAACUGUUGAUGCUUGAGGGAUUAUCCAUUUUGGAAAUGUGCUUAAUCAUAGCAAUGAAACAUGAGGUAGAGAUUUAUGAUGGUGAACCAUUGAAUUUUGAGACGGUCUACAAUCGCUAUAUUAAAUUUGUAAAUCAAAAUUCCUCUAUACAGUCUGUUCAGAAACCAGUUAUCAUGAAAGCUUUUGAACAUAUCAAGAAUUUAGAAAUUUUGGUACCAGUUGGAAACACAAAAUUUGAAAAAGAAUAUCAGUAUUACAAAUUUACAUUAACUUCGCAGCAAGUUAUGGAUGCUGUAAAAAAUUAUUCAGGCCUUCCUACAGAAGUUUCUCAAUGGGCAUUAAGUAAUAUAUAA